CGUCACUGCGGUGCUAACUGAGGCUAGCUGGGUUGUGAUGGUAUGGAUCCGGGUCGGUUCCGUUCUGGAGCAGCGGACAGCGGGUUCUGUCUUUCCCGAACCGAGCCGGUGGGCUCCCCUGAGCUGCUGGUUCCGCUAGAGUCCAAGGUUGAUGCUGACCCAGCAGUACCGCCGGAGGAGUUUUGGACCCCAGAACCUCAGGCUGAGCAGAACCGAGCCGGUGCCGUCCAGAUGGGCCGCGUCGCUGCAGACGUCUUGCAGCAGGACGCUGCACACCGCCAUGGCGCGGUGCCGACCCGUGGUCCAGUUCAAGCUGUCCGACAUCGGAGAGGGCAUCAUGGAGGUCACGGUCAAGGAGUGGUACGUGAAGGAGGGGGACAGGGUGUCCCAGUUUGACAGCAUCUGCGAGGUCCAGAGCGACAAGGCGUCCGUCACCAUCACCAGCCGCUACGACGGCGUCAUCAGGAGGCUGUACUACGACGCCGACGCCACCGCCCUGGUGGGCAAGCCGCUGGUGGACAUCGAGACGGAGUCUGCAUCAGAGCUGAGCCAGGAGGAUGUGGUGGAGACGCCCGCCAUGGCCCGUGAGGAGCACACCCACCAACAGAUCAAAGGUCACAAGACCCAGGCCACGCCCGCUGUCCGCCGCCUCGCCAUGGAGAACAACAUCAAGCUCAGUGAGGUGGUGGGGACAGGGAAGGACGGACGCAUCCUGAAGGAGGACAUCCUGAACUUCCUGGCCAAGCAGACCGGCGCCAUCUUGCCUCCAGCUCCUCUCUUCCAGGAGAUCCAGACGCCAGGCCCCGCCCCCACCGCCGCACCAGCCCUCAGCGCCCCCGCUGGGGUCAGACCUCCACCUGCGACCCCCAGACCCGUCUUCACCGGGAAGGAUGUGACGGAGCCGCUCAAAGGUUUCCACAGAGCCAUGGUGAAGACGAUGACGGCGGCGCUGAAGAUCCCUCACUUUGGUUACUGUGACGAGGUUGACCUGAGCCGAUUGGUUCUGCUGCGGUCCGAACUGAAGCCGGUCGCUGAGAGACGCGGCGUCAAACUGAGCUACCUGCCGUUCUUCAUCAAGGCCGCCUCCCUCAGCCUGCUUCACUUCCCCGUCCUGAACUCCACGCUGGACGAAGGCUGCCAGAACAUCACUUUCAAGGCGUCCCAUAACAUCGGCGUUGCCAUGGACACCAGCCAGGGCCUGCUGGUCCCCAGCGUGAAGAGCGUCCAGCUGCUCAGCGUCUUCCAGGUGGCCCAGGAGUUGACCCGGCUGCAGGCGCUGGGCGCCGCCGGCCAGCUGGGGACGGCCGAGCUGAGCGGGGGAACCUUCACUCUGUCCAACAUCGGAUCGAUCGGAGGGACGUACGCCAAGCCGGUCAUUCUUCCUCCAGAGGUCGCCAUCGGAGCGCUGGGGAAAAUCCAGGUUCUGCCUCGGUUCGGCCCAGACGGUCAGGUGAAGGCGGCCCACAUCAUGAAGGUGAGCUGGUCGGCGGAUCACCGCCUCAUCGACGGCGCCACCAUGUGUCGCUUCUCCAACCUGUGGCGGGAGUACCUGGAGAACCCGGCCAGCAUGGUUCUGGACCUGAAAUAGACACUUGUACCCAUGAGCCCCGGGGAGGCCGGCCCCUCGGCCCCGCCCAUCCCUCGCCUUCACUUCCUGUUUGUGUCUGAGGCCUUCCUGUCACUCCGUAGCUUCCUUGUUGCCUUUGAGCAGGACCCUGGGGGGCGGUUACCAUGACAACCAAGUAGACACCGGGAGAUCCAGAACCGUCCGGCAGGUUCCUCACAACCACAGGUCCGAUUCACAUGACCUGACCAGCUGACCUUUCAGGCUCCGCCCCCUCCUCCUGCAGCACUGGAACUACUGAGGGCUGCGUAACCGUGGUUACAGCUGGCGUCCCAUGUCUGUCCUAAAAGUCCCGUGUGUCUUUGGUGCUGCCCCGGGUCAAAGGUCAGCUGCAAAGGACCGCAGUCGGAUCCGGUUUGGCCGGGCCGGUUCAGAACCAGAGCGUCUCCUGAUGAUGGGGUGGUCGGUGUCGCCGCCCUGCUGGCGGCUCCAGGGUCCUGCUCCGGUCACAGUCAUGUAAAGCUUUUCUAUGUUUAGUGGGAAGAUCUCAAUAAAGCUGCUGAAAACA